AUGUCCAGGCGAUCUCGAAGACUUCAUCUGCCACUGAAGAAUAUUACAGCAUCAUUCAACAGCACCAUGUCUUGCUCUAGUGACUCAGGAAAAUCCACUUUGGCCAAUUCUCCAAUGACCAGUUUGGCAUUCAACCUUAGUGAAUUAUCAACAGGAAGAAGCUCUCCUAAACUAAGAAGAAAAUUGUCCUUGUCAAGUGUGGACACACCCCCUAAUGACUGCAUACAGAGUGAUCAGGAGUUUAUAUUGUCAGCAGAGUCAGGAUGUUUCUCGGGGUCACCGCUUGAGGACUCCCCGACAUUAGAGAGGCUAAAUGUGAAGCGUUACAAAGCAGUUCAUCACCCAGACAUUCCACUGGAGGCAUUUUCAGUGAGGAAGAAGACAAUAGCUUUCAGGAUAAUCAACUCUCAGCCUCUUCCGACGAUGAGAUUAGACAGUCCCACUGAUUUCCUAGAUGAAGAUAAGAGCGAACAAGAUGAUGAAGGUGUCAGAAAUCUCAAUGGAUGCUCCAAUGACUCUGAUGAGACCAUGACCAGCGAGAAUUGUGAUAACAUUAUUGCUCUCAGGAGGAGUAAAUUUUACUCCGAUGAUGCAACUUCACAAGACAGUGGGCUGGGUUUUGAAAGUGAUAGGUCACAGAGAAGUUCAGUUUCCAGUUUUGAUGAUGCGGCAUCCACUUCAUCAUCAUCAUCCUCCAUGAACAAUUUUGACAGAUUGCCAUCUCUUGAUGAUAUCUGGAAUUCUGUUGAUUCCCCAAGUUUCAAGGCUCCCAGAGGUGUGCCCCCCAAGCGAUCCCGCAAUUUAAUUGAGGACAAGCAGUUUAGCGAGGACACAUGUUCACCAAUCAAGUAUUCGCCUGUGAAGAACUCAUCUUUACCUCGGCCAUCUUUCUCCAAAGCCCUGUUCAGUCAGAUUCCAGAAGCUAUCAGUGAAGAUUGUGAAAGUAACAGAUGUCCUCCUGUGGAUGGGUUUGAGGAGCUUUUUCAACUCACUGAUAUGGACCAUGAAGCUGAUGCCAAGGUCUCCUCCCUGAUAAGUGCUACCCUCUUUCACCGGGCAGAUGAAGAUAAGCCAGAGGAGGUUUCUAUAGAAGAUAGGCAAAAGGCUUUCAAAAGAACACGGGCUCUCGCCAUUUGUAAAGAAAAUGAUACCCCCUCUAGUCGACCACAUAUUUCCAGACGUGGUCUCUACAGAUCGAUGUCCAUGGACAACCGAACUCGCCCGUCCUCAAAACGAUGUGAGCCAUCUUCUGAUGACUCAACUCCGGUGCAGUAUAAAAGAUGGAAGGGAGAAGAAAGUUCCACUUCUAGUGUGUGCCAUGAGGAGAACAACAAAACGAUGAAUGUACGUCGCUUCCAGAGAAGCCAUUCAGAAACUGAAGCAAUCAAGUCAGCUGUUUCACGGAUGCUAUCAGAACCGGACCUUAUCGGAGACUGUUCAAAGGCGUACUGUCUGCCAACUGUCAGCGGGAAGCAUCAAGAUCUGAAGUCCAUCACACCCGAAACGCUGAGUCGACUGAUGGCGAAUGAGUUUUCUGAUAUCAUUGAAGAGUAUCAUAUAAUUGAUUGCCGUUAUCCAUAUGAGUACCAGGGAGGACAUAUACAGAAUGCACUGAACAUUUACACAAAAGAUGAUGUGAUAGAGAAGUACCUCAAGACGCCAUUGUUUUCUAAAGAUCCCAGCAAGAGAAUGAUUCUAGUCUUCCACUGUGAAUUUUCAUCAGAAAGAGGACCAGGCCU